AUGAAGCAUCACUUGGUGAUAGGCACGUGGACUCCGCCAGGUCGGCUGUACACCGUCGCAUUCGACGACGAGGCCUUGACUUUGGAGUUGGUCAAGAAGACAGAGAUUCCAGAGGAUGAGCCAAUCUCAUGGUUGACUAUUUCUCAUGACAAGAAAACCCUCUACGGAGCUGCCAUGAAAAAAUGGAACAGCUUCGCCAUCAACAGCCCAACAGACAUUGUACACCAAGUCGCCCAUCCUCUUGCUGGUCACCCUCUGGCCUCCAGUAGCGAAAGCAACACCCGCGCCAUCUUCGUCCUGGCCGCGCACAAACCCCCUUAUAACGUCUACGGCGCGCCCUUUUACAACUACGCGGGCUAUGGCAAUGUCUUCUCCGUCGACCCCUCCGACGGCCGUCUGGUCAAGAAUGUCCAGAACUACGAGUACCAGGACAACACAGGCAUCCACGGCAUGGUCUUCGAUCCCACAGAAACCUACCUCUACUCGGCCGAUCUGCAGGCCAACAAGAUCUGGACCCAUCGCAAGGACGCUCAGACUGGCGAGCUGACCCUCGUCGACUGUCUUGAGGCCCCAUCGCCAGAUGACCACCCCCGUUGGGUCGAUAUCCACCCCAGCGGCAAGUAUCUGUACGCACUGAUGGAGGCGGGCAACCGGCUGGCGGUGUAUGUGAUUGACGAGAAGCGCAACGUCCCUGUCUUCACUCACAUCACCUACCCAUUGCUCCCUGCGGGCGUCCCUCCCACAAACAAAUACCGCGGUGAUGUCUGCUUCACCACGCACAGCGGCGAGUACCUGUUUGCGACUACCCGCGGAACCUACGGCCGCCCCUGGACCGGAUAUAUCACAGCCUUUAAGCUGGGUCCUAAUGGUAACGUUGAACGACAGCUGUUCAUCCACCCCACGUCCAACAGCGGUGGUCACUCCAAUGCAGUCAGCCCUUGUGACUUUAGCGAUGAGUGGUUGGCGCUGUGCGACGACCAGGACGGGUUCGUGGAGAUAUAUCGCUUCAAGGAUGAGACGCUGGCCCGGGUAGCUAGGCUGGAUAUUCCGGAAAAAGGAUUCGGGAUGAAUGCAGUUUGGUAUGAUUAA